CUCGUCAUCUUCUCUCUCCCUCUUCUUCAGUUCUUCUACCCGCCAUCUCUGCGAUUUUACCUCUCCACCGAUGUACGAUCGCCGGAAACCUACCUCCGUCGCCGGUUCUUCUCCUGCAACCACUUCUUUCUACACCGAUGUCAGCUCCUCCGCAGCCUCCUCCUCUGGCAAACCCAUCUCCUCCGUUAUCCGUUGGAUCGCAGGACUCUUUAUCAACUGCUUCACUCCUCCAGAAUCCGCCGUCUCUACAAAUUCCGACGCCUACUCCGAAUAUAGCAGUCGUAGGCGACGGAGUUCGCAAGGAAGUAUCCAGAGGAUUCCAGGAAAUUCAAAGGACGCAGAGAACCAGAGAUUCACCUUUGAAGAAAUCUACGACACGACCAAUAAUUUCUCGCCGACGUUCAAGAUCGGGCGGGGAGGUUUUGGGACUGUAUACAAAGGGAAACUCAGAGAUGGCACGGUCGUUGCCAUCAAACGCGCCAAGAAGAGUAUCAAUGAGGGCGGUGAAAGUGCAGAGUUUCAGAGUGAGAUACAGACGUUGGCUAGAGUACAACACAUGAAUUUGGUGAAAUUCUAUGGAUAUCUGGUUGAAAAUGACGAGAAAAUUCUGGUCGUGGAGUAUGUGGCCAAUGGAACUCUCCGAGAACACUUGGAUGGUAAGCAUGGAAACAUUCUCGAUCUGGCUACCCGACUAGAUAUUGCAAUCGAUGUAGCUCAUGCCAUAACCUAUCUUCAUAUGUAUACAGAUCAUCCAAUCAUCCACAGAGACAUCAAGUCAUCAAACAUCCUCUUGAUGGAGAACUUCCGAGCAAAGGUGGCUGACUUCGGCUUUGCCAGACUGGCUGCCGACAGCGAAACAGGGGCCACCCAUGUUUCGACUCAAGUCAAAGGAACCGCAGGUUACUUGGACCCCGAGUACUUAACGACCUAUCAGCUCACUGAGAAGAGCGAUGUUUAUUCUUUCGGUGUGCUUCUCGUCGAGCUUGUCACUGGCCGCCAUCCCAUCGAGGCUAACCUCCAAACCAAAGAACGCAUUACCGUUAAAUGGGCGAUCAAGAAAUUCACAAACGGAGAGGCAAUAACCAUCCUGGACCCGAAGCUAGAGCGAAGUCCGGCGAACAACUUAGCAGUGGAGAAGAUUCUAGAAAUAGCAUUCCGAUGCGUGGCUCCUCGUAGACGAUCUCGACCUAGCAUGAAGAGGUGCAAUGAGAUUCUUUGGGGAAUCCGCAAGGAUUACAGAUCAGAGUCCGCCAUGGACGCCAGUUCCAUCUCUUCCCAUGCUCAAACAAGCGAUUCGGGGACAUAAUGAGACUUCCUCCCAUACGGUAAUUUAGCACGGAAUAGUUGGUACUUUUGUUUGGAUUUUGUAUUGCUGAAUUUAGACAAUGUGUCAUUUUUGCAAACACAUACAAAUGUGUGACAAUGACAUAUGCAUGUUUAAGAGUUUUUCCCAUUUCGAGGGGCCUUUUAGGUGGAAUUGAAAAUGAUAUGGUAUUAUUAUUUUA